UAACAACCGGGCUGUCAAUUAAAUAUCCGGCCCACAUAUGCUUUGCGAAGGAUCCUACUUUUCGAUUUUCCGAUACAUUCGAAGCAAAAGCUUUUGAGAUCUCAGUAAGCUCUCAAAUCUCUUCAACUCUUCCUAUCCAUCGACCUGAAGUUCGAUUGUUAGCUUCCAUGGCGACUGGAGUAGCCUUCUCUACUUCCUUAGGUCCAACUAAUCUCAAAACAUAUGAAGCUUGGUCCGCAAAGUCCUCUUCAUUUGUGAAGACACCAUCAUUGAAAUUUCAGAGGAAACCGAUUCACCGGAGAACCAACUACUUGUCGGUUUGUGCACAGUAUAAUGAAAGUAGAGGUGGAGGUGGCGUUGAAUUUAUUUCUGGAUUUCUCUUGGGAGGUGCAAUAUGUGGAGCACUUGGCUAUGUUUUUGCACCACAGAUAAGAAGAUCUAUCCUAAAUGAGAAUGAAGCUGGUUUUCAAAAGGCUAAGCGACCAAUCUAUUACGACGAUGGCUUAGAGAGGAAUAGGGAAUCCUUAAAUGAAAGGAUACAGCAACUGAAUUCUGUCAUUGACAAGGUGACUUCCCGGCUGAGAGGUAACAAAAACCAGAGUCCUUCGCUUGCGAAGAUUGAUCCAGGAGAAGCCCCUUUGUAAGACCACUUUGUCUCUUCUGACAUCACAAAACUAGCGUCUUUGGUUGGUCUGGUGAAAUCAAAUACUGGUGGGUUGGUCGCACAGCUGUUGAUGAAUUAUUUUACUACAGUGGGCAACAUACAUUACCUUUGAAAUUUGAUGCACCAACUUUGUGAAAGGUGAUGUUUUGGAUUGUUUGGAGAUGUUUCUCUCAUAAAAUUCUGAAUGUGUUUUCAUUAUUGACGUGAUUCACCCAGUGAAUAAACUGUUACUCCGUAAAAGAUUAAAUCGAGACGUUGAGUCCUUGAUGCGAAAUUGCGAACUGGCCCUCAGUUGAGGAUCAAAGAAAGUAUCUUUGUAAUAUCUCCUAUCACAUUUUUUAUUUUCAUUCUUUUCUUUUCUCACUAAAUUAUUUAUUUUUUCCUUUUUAUGAAAAUGAUUCAGCGGUUAAUAUUGGUUAA